AUGUUGAGUGGGUUGUUUCUUAUUUCGGUCUCUUCAGCGCUUAUGUGGGCCGGUACGGCGCAGUAUGCAAGCGUGGACGUGAAGAAGGAAAGCAUGUCUUUGGAUGACGCGAAAAUGUUCCCUGUUGUGGGGUCAGGCGUCCUUGUGGGCCUGUUCUUUGCGCUUAGAUAUUUCCCAAAGGACCUUGUGAACACAAUAUUUCGGGCAAUCUUUUCAAUAACCGGAACCUUCUCUAUGUACAAAGCGCUUAAGAUAGCAUAUAGCUAUGUAGGGGCGCGUGCAAGCCUGCAGAAGCCUUCAAAGGAAAAAACCGAUGAGAAGACAGCGCCCAAGCAGGAGGGUGCAGCAAAGAAAGAGGCGAAGGAAAAGGCCGAGGAGAAAGAAGCCGAAGCAAAGAAGGAGAACAAGCCCGAGAGCCUCGGGUUUAUAGCAAAUACCUGGGCCUCGUUCAAGUCAGAGCUGGCAGAGUCUGCAGACGAGAUAAAGGAAAUUUUCCGCUCCUAUGCGCAGGAGUUUCGGGAGAUGCCAAACGGGCUGCUGUUUGUGGCCUCGAUUUUGAUUAGCGUGUGGUACUUCAAAACCAAAAGCAUGCAUUCUUCAAACAUCCUGGCGUGCUCUUUUGCGCUUAUGGGAAUGCAGGAGAUCCGCCCAGAGUCUGCAAUGACUGCAAUGGUGCUUCUGGGCCUUCUGUUCUUCUAUGACAUAUUCUGGGUGUUUUUCACGCCUGUGAUGAUGGGCGUGGCCAAGGGCCUGGAAAUCCCCAUUAAAAUAGUAUAUCCGUUCUCAAGGAAGGGGACAAGCAUGAUAGGCUUGGGGGACAUUGUGAUUCCUGGGCUUUUUCUGUCGCUGGCCAGAGAGUUUUCGCACAAAUACUCAGCCCCGCUUGUGUUUGCGCUGGGAUACGUUGGGUACGUCCUUUCGCUUGUUCUGACGUUUUCUGCGGUGCUAAUAUUUGGAACAGGCCAGCCUGCUCUUUUAUACAUAUGCCCAAUUAUUGUCGCAGGGAGCCUUGUGGGCGCUGCUAUCCACAAAAGGACGCGACAGUUUAUUGAGUACAAAUCUGAAUAA